CACGGUACCUCGGGGGGCAAUGACAUCAUCCGUCAUCCAAUUUGCUCGACCGGAGGGAUCGACAGGUAUACAGUAUCCGAGGAAAUUAGAAUUGACAAUUGUAACGAUCGUUGUGGAUUCAAUUGUCAAAUGUCGCAGGAUUAUCACGUCAGUUUGCACGUGUGGCUGCACUUGAACGAGCGGAAGUGACGUCAGUUGGCGUAGUUAUAUCAAAUUAAUCGUACGCGCUUUCGCGCGAUUUCAACAUGAAUUUAUCGGAAGACGAGAGUUUAUCGGAAGAUGAGGAAUCUUGUAUGAAAUUCGUAUUUGUUAGAGAAGAGAAUACAAGUCGACAGGAAAAGGUGAAAGCGUUCUGGAAAUUUUUAGACGGUCAGAAUUGCUUGCAACCUCACAAAGGUACAUUGGAGCAUGAAUCGUCGUUGGAAGCGGAAUCGCCGGAAUCGAGUGUGGAUGAAGCUAUGAAAGAAAAGGAUAUUUGGCGGAAAGGCUUGAAGGUCUUUCAACAACUCGGCCUGGAUAAGACUGCACUCGCGGCUGAUAAAAGAUGUCGACCCUGUCAGAUGUACAAAACGAUUCGAUGCGAGGAUCUGGCCGAUACCGUGACGCAGCCGUACGAGGAAUUGAACGCCGACAUGAAGGCUUUCGACGAGCGUCAGAAAAGUCGUGACGCGAAUCAAGGCGAAGCACCUUAUGCCGGAGAUAGAUUAAAUCAAUGCAACUCCUAUUAUGCAAAAACAAAAAAAUAAUCGUUGCUUACACAUCGGCUAGUAUCCCAUGAA